UCAACCAACAAAUCACGUGACCUGUGUGUCAACCUAACCUCACUAUUAAUUGUCUACCUUAUUAAUUGUCAACACAAAUAGCAUUAUUUAUGUAAUGGAUCCCUCAGAAGAGGUAAGCAAAAGCCUAGUGAAAUGGUUGCAGGCCUUGGUAUCGAAAGGAACCAAAACACUCGAAGAGAUCAGCGAUGGGGUGGCAAUAUGUCAGGUUUUGGUUCAGAUAGCACCCGAACAUUUCAGCAUACUCGAACCGAAAAUAAAGGCGGACAGUUCAAAUUGGCGACUGCGAGUUAGUAAUUUGAAAAAAAUUGUGGAGAGAAUAUUCGAGUAUUACCAAGAUGUCCUCAACUUGACCGUUCUAGAUAUUGGUAAACCGGAUGCUGUACGCAUUGGAGAAGCAUGCAAUCUUGUACAACUAGGGAAACUUCUACGUUUAAUAUUGGGAUGCGCUAUCAACUGUGAUCGAAAGCAAGAGUACAUUACACAGUUUCUGGCGUUAGAAGAGACUGUGCAGCAAAGUAUAAUGCAGGCGAUUCAGCAAUUGGAGGAAGUUACAGGGAAUACAGGUCGUACCGAGUUUAGUUUGAUCAGCAUGGAGAGUGAUACACGAAUAAUUAAGCUAAUGCAAGAUUUGGAGGUGGCGAACGAUGCAAAGGAGACAUUAGCGCAGCAGUGCCACAAUUUGGAAGUUCAGGUGCAGUGUCUACUGGAAGAGAAGCAGGUGUUGUUGACCGACAAUCAGUUGUUAACGACUCAAGCGAAGGAACGAGAAAAUAUGGAGAAUAUACGCAGUCCCGAUAAUCGUCGGCAAUUGGAUCUACUAAAAGAUGAGAUCUUCAAGUUGGAAACAUGUCGUGACGAUUACAGGGCAAAAACGUUAGAACAGGACAGGCAAAUUGCGCAGCUGCAAGAAAAAAUCUCAGAAUUACAGUUGGCGGCGGACGCCGCUGUCCAUUUGAAAGAUGAAGUGGAUGCUCUCUCCGAAUCCGCAGAUAAAGUUAAGGUUCUGGAGCAAGCGGUUAUAUCGUACAAAAAGAAGUUGGAAGGGUACGGCGAUAUUAAGAAACAGUUAAAGCAUCUCGAAGACAAAAACCUGGAAUAUUAUCAGCAAAAUAUGACCUACGAGGAGGAACUAAAGAAUGGGAUAGCUUGGAAGAAUCAGUGCGAAAUGUAUAAGAAGCAAGCUGCGGAUCUCCAACAAAAAUUGGAUGAGGAAACACAGAAAUCUCAACGAGCCGCUUACCAAACGAAGAAUAUAGAAUCUAAAUACACAGCUUUAGUUAGUGAAAAAGACAGGUUAACGCUUGAACGUAAUAUUUUGCGUGAAGAGAUCGACGAAUUGAAACUUGGCAAGCAGCAAGUGACUAAUGGUGCGGACGUUGCCCGAGAGUUAGCACCGACCGAAAUGAAGGAGCGACUUCACUUUCUUGAGAAGGAGAUAACAACAUUACGUAGCACCGGGCAGGAUGCUUGCGCUAAACAGGCACUGUUAGAUGACGCUCUCAGUCGGAUCGAAAAAUUAACAGAACAAAAUCGCAAUGCAAAUCAAAAAGUUAUGGAGCUUGAAACACAGCUUCAAGACCAGCAACGUACUCAAAUGGAUGACUACGCGACUCAAUUGGAGGGCAGUAUUAAGGAGUACAAGCAACGAAUUCUCUCACUUCAAGAUGCUAUAAACGCAAAAGACACAGAGUUACACGCGAACCAAAUAAAGUACACGCGUAACCUGGAAAAAGCGAGGGAGGUGGCCCAAUCGCUGGAUCCGCGAUCGGAAACCAUAGAGUCGAUACGACAAAACAAUAUGAAAGAUAUGGAGAGUCAGAUGUUGUCGGUAGCAUUUUAUCGGUUGUGCUUGGCGAGGCAUCGUGAAUCCGUCGACGAACGUCUCGCGAUGUUAAGCGCUGGUCAGGGGUCUUUCUUGGCACGCCAGAGACAGCCCACGCCAAGAAAACCUGUUCAGCCCUUUAAAUCUAAGUAGCGAAAAUUUUUUAUGGCACUCUAAUGGUUGUAGUGUAUUGAAGAAGCGCCUGAGCAUGAAUCCAAUUUAAGUAGGUAUAUAAAAAUAUUCUGGGGGACGGAAAAACAAAUCAUUAUGGCACGUGUGGAAAGUACACAUUUCAUCAAAAUAAUAGAAAAACGGCUAACUAUUAAAGUGCUUGAAAUCGUCUGCCUGUAUUCACUUCUCUCAAACAGCUGAGGUCCUUGAAACUUGGUAUAUAUUCAAUGGUGGGCACAGUUAAACCAAAAAUUAACAUUGUUAACAGCUAAUCCAUUAGUUGAAAAGUUAACUCCGAUACGUACGUUGCCACUCAUAUACGACUACUGAAAGUACAAACGUCAAGUGGUGUGUAAUUGAAAAAAUAAAAUAAUACCUACAUCAAUAAAUAACCAAUGCAACGGACUAAAUUAACAGAGAAUAAUUUUUAGAAGUUAACUUAAAAGAUAAGGCAUUAAGCAAAUCAUUAACUUCGUUAACUAACGGAUUAACGAAUUAAUGCCCACAUAUGUAUUGUAUAUAUUCCUUUUGGUCCCAGUAGGAAAACUAUUUUUCGAUACUCCAUUGUGAAAGAUAGUUCGCGCAAUGGGAACAGAUACAUUGUGUAGUUACCAGUGGUGCAAGUUAAGUGGGGAGGUGAAUGCUUAUAAGAAGCUUAAUAAAUUGUGACUGCAUUUAGCAAUCUAUCCUUGCGGACGAAUUUUAGAAAGAGAAAGCCACUAUCAAUACCUGUCCCCCAUACAACGGUAAUGAAAUCCAUGAUGGAUCAUUAUACAUAGUGGUCAGCUCCAUAACAAAUCAGAAUGAGUUGAAGAACUGCGCUACUCAUAUUGUUACUAGGAUUUCAUAGAAACAGUUCAAAUUAGAUUGUUUAAGAUUCACCUUCACAGUCGAAGCUGUGGCGUUUUUAUGCGGCUUUAAAUAUGUAUCAAAGGGAAGACACAAAGUAUAUUGUUAUGGUGGCCAAAUAGGCUACAACGUCAGAACAAACAGCAGAACUUGGCUGACUUGGUUGUCAUAUUAAAUCUUACCGGAUUAAACCCCACGUUGGUAUCAAAUCUAUAGAAAAAUCAGUUGUAAAAAUACGCCUGUCGAAAUGGUGUAAAUAAAAAUGGCAUACCACAAAUACUGUACUUGCACCUACAACAAGUCUCUGGCACCUACGUGUGUAAAUGUGUAACUGUACAACAUAUGGAUAUUUUCACGUGCCUACUACUUUAAAUGGAUUUCUUUGUGAAUUCCUUUAACGGACAAAGUGAAAAAUUAUUUUAUAAACCACUACAUACAUAAUCAUUACUUGUAUCUCUUUUUUUAAAUUUUUUCAUAUUGUAGCUUGCUAAACGUUAGUAAUUUUAAAAAUCGCAAACGAAUAACACUGUCAAUUUUGACCCCCACACUUUAAUGUAUAGUACUGAUGUGCGUAUUUAUAAGAUACUUAUUUCGUAUGAAUCAGAGCAACAAAUUUGUAUUAUAAUAUUGACUAAGUAUAGGCAACUAUGCACUUUCUAUUAUACAACGGAAAUAUCUGAAACUCAUUCCUUACAGGCAAGGGCGCCGCCCGAUAAAGUUUGAACAGUAAUAAUUGACUAUUCCAUUAUUGAAAAUCAAACCGAUUAUCAGACUUUUAAUUUUUUCUACAAUGAUGAUCAAAUAAAUUCUGUAAAAUGUGUAUGUAAUUCAAUGAUGGAAGUAAUAACUUAGAUUUCUCAAGUUUAAUAGAAAGUGUAUUUGUAUAACAAAAAUUGUAAAUAGUACUGCUCUCGAAAUACAAUACAGACAAUAAACAGUACAUUUUGGUUU